GCUAACCUGCACUACGCUGCAUAGUGCAACUUGUCAUGCGUGACUCACAAGACUCCUAGGUUUGUGUUGCAAAAUCCCCAUGCUGGCUAUGGUGUGGGUACGUUUUUACUCAGGAUAUGAUUUAGUAGGGAAUCAGUUAGCAACACCACCUAAUCAUCAAGGGUUCGAAAACAAAAGGACCAAGAUGUGGAAAAAAGUCGCCAUUGUCGCCGUCGUCAACUUAUCCACUGCAAACAUGUCAGGUUCAGUUGAGUAGCACGCAUCGUCACUAUGCACAAGCAGUCUCUACAAUACUGGAAACAUGGCAUGAAAUUUUUGGUAACAACGCACAACCAACAAAAGGAGAAACUCUCGGCCAUUUAUUCAGGAUCGAUACUGUUACUGAUGCUGAUGCGUUUGCAGUUGAUAUGUCGGGGGGGGGGUGCCUCCGAGGUGCAGCGGAAAAAGAAGAAGCAGGAAGCUGCGACUCGUGUUCAGCGCGGCAGGCUCUCGCUUUCGUCUCGGAAGGCCUACAUACCCGAAGAUGAGAGAAAUAUCCUUCAAACGUAACACUGGCCCACCACAAAGUCAAGACGAAGAGAUGUGUUCGAUUAGGUGUAGAAGUUCAAGCUUUAUGCAGAUGCCACAACUUUUACUUUUAGCACCGAACCCGAACCCGAAGUGAACAGCCAGCCCUGAUUGGCAAGCACGAUCGCAUCAUAAAGCAACUCGGUCGAUGUGAAUACAGCAUGACAAACUUGCAAAUGCAAACCCAAUGUAUCUACAAAACUACACUCUUUGUCGAUAUCGCCGGAGACGCACAGCACACACGCUCUGACAUGACCAGAUCUGCGUGACAAACUUCCUUUGAUUUUGCGGUGAGGAGGUUGAUUGCAAACGGUAUAAACAACGUUGGGUGUGUGGCGAGCGACUGGAUGAGAAAGCACUGCUUCACGACUGUGUGGGUGGACGAUCAUCCGUGGCCGCUACCGGGUCGCCACCAGGAGUUUGCUGUGUUGUCCAAUUCUCCUGCCUGGAACCCCAUGUGUGAUCGCUGCUUGCUCGAUGAUGGGUCGGCACUGCGGUGCAGCAAGAAAGUGGCCAGUCCCGGGCAAUGUGACAAAAUCCGGACUACUUCUGCAAACACACCGACAACAGAAUGGAGCAUUCGGUGCUGUCCUAUCACAAAAAACAACAUCACCAUCACGCAAGAGAAUUCGUAUUCAAAAAGCAUUUGCAGCAUGUGCCGACUUGAUGUUGCGGACAAAAGCAAAACAAAAGUGCUAGAUUCAAUUUCCAGGCACUUUAUUUCGAAAGUACUUUCACCAAUGUUAAAGGGCCUUCACCGGGAUGCGGUGGUGAGCCUGCUUAUGCCCGCGGCUGCUUAUGUCCAUUUCCAAUUCCAAGAUCUGUUUUGCUCAGCAACGCCGCGACACAAAAGAUCCUAG